GAGAAAGCGUACAGCAUGUGAAAUCGGAUUUUGGUUUUGUCAUACCAGCGAUAUUUACAGAGACGAGAAGUUUGCUCGACAUGGCAACAACACCGGAUUCUUCCCCGAAUACCAACGAAGAUGCCACUCCCGACUCCAACCCAACCCCUAAUUCUUCCGACGCAUUAAUCCCCACUCACUCCGGUUCUCCUGCCGUCUGUUUCCUCAAUGUCGCCGCCGAUUCCUUCGCCGGUGCAUUCAUGGGCUCCAUCUUCGGAUAUGGCCAAGGGUUGCUGAUUAAGAAGAAAGGCUUUAAAGGAUCCUUCAGUGAGGCAGGAUCUUCUGCCAAGACUUUCGCAGUUUUGUCUGGAGUACACAGCUUGGUUAUGUGCUUGUUGAAGAGGCUGCGGGGAAAGGAUGAUAGCAUUAAUGCUGGAGUAGCUGGAUGUUGCACUGGUUUGGCCAUAAGUUUUCCAGGAGCCCCACCUGAUCUUCUAAGGAGCUGUCUCAUAUUUGGAGCAUUCUCAUUUGUUGGGACGAGGCUUAACAACAAUCAACCAGCUCUGGCACAUUCAUUUUAUUCGAGGAACAAAACUGAGCAUCACCAGAGGCCUUUUCCUGUAGCACUGCCACUCUCCCUGCCUCUCCCAGACGAGCUGAAAGGGGCCUUUUCUUCUUUCUGCAAGUCCAUAACGAAACCUAACAUGGGCAAGUUUCCACAGCUUAUUACAAAGAAACAUUGAGCGUGGUAAAAUUAUGUUUUAGAAUUACGGGAAUGCUCCGUUUUCUUUACUGUGUAAAUUGUUAGUUUAGAUGUUGAGGCUUCUUGCAAUCUAAGCUACGGGAUGGAUUCUUAUUCUGGAUGGCUGUCAUUGAAACUUUCCAGUUGCAGCUUAUUCUUAUGGUUCACUAAUAUUUACUGAGUUGUCACAGCA